AUGUCCGCUCCCCACGCCGGCCGCCAAUCCCCCGACCCGGAGCGUCAAACUGGCGCCCAGCUGAACGACACUCCCGGCACUGGCAGGACAACUAUGGGCAGCCACCCCUCAUCCGAGCAGACUCAGAAGGGCGCCGAUGAGUUCAAGUCCCAUGGUCUGACGAGUAACCCCGAGCACCCGCUUGAAAAGAUCGAGGCGGCGAAGUUCGCGAAGGGAAAACAUGAUUAA